CGAGACUGUGGACAAAGUGAAUAACUAAACCAAGAGGACUUAGCUCAAAUAACCACAAUAGUUUGAAAAAACGCUAAUAUUAUUUCACAAGUUUUUCGCUGAAAAUGCUCACAAUGUUACACAUACGUGGUAACUAUUUCAAAUAAGUCCUCUUGGUUAAAUUGGUAUAAGUGGACACUAGUAUUCAAAUAGGUUAAGGAAGGUUAGGAUUGCAAGAUGUAGCUCUAGAUUGAAAAAUGUAAACAGCCGACUGUAAACACUUUUCGGUAAACAAACUGCAAUAAAUACAAGUACAAAGGUCAAAGACAAAACGUGUGUUAUUCGUGAUUCUGUAAACAUAAUUUUGUUUGUCCCGUGUCAUGAUCAUGUUCAGAUGUCUUUCACAAAUUUGGUAAAGCAACCUAAAGAAGUAAUUACACAGUUUAUGAACUCUUUUGAUAUUGUUUUAACCGACUGUGAUGGUGUUUUGUGGCUAGCAGAAGAACCAAUUGAAGGUUCUGCAGAGGUGAUAAAUACUUUGAAAGAAUUAGGGAAGAGGGUAUUUUUCGUAACGAAUAAUUCCUGUAAAAUACGUGAUGAUUUUGUUAAAAAGGCCAAGAAAAUGAACUUCAAAUGUGAAAAGGAUGAUAUUAUUUCAACUGCAUAUUUAGCUGCCAAAUAUUUAAAAAGUAAGGGAUUCCAGAAAAAGGUUUAUGUGGUUGGUGCAAAAGCCUUAUCUCAAGAAUUGGAGUUGGUGGGAAUAAAAUCUAUAGGAGUUGGACCUGAUGCAGUGCAGACAUCAUUUAAAAAUACUCUUGAAGAAUUUAAAGCAGAUCCUGAUAUUGGUGCAGUAAUAGUAGGAGAUGAUGAACACUUCAGUUAUGUUAAGAUGUUUAAAGCUGCUACUUAUCUAAGUAAUCCAGAUGUUCUUUUUGUGGGUACCAAUUCAGAUGAACAGGAUCCAAAUCGUUAUGAUUAUAUAGUUCCUGGAACUGGUACUAUUAUAAUUGCUAUUAAAACUGCUGCUCAGAGGGAACCGUUUAUUGUGGGGAAGCCUGAAGCAUAUAUAGCAGACUUCAUUAAAAAUGAAUAUGGAAUGGAUCCUAAGAGAACAUUAAUGAUUGGUGACAGGUGCAACACAGAUAUUUUAUUGGGAACAAGAUGUGGUUUUCAAACAAUGUUAGUUUUAAGUGGAAUAACAACUUUCAAAGAGGCAACACAACGGAAACAGUCAAAAAAACAGGAAGAAAAAGAUCUUGUACCUGAUGUAUAUCUUGAAAAGCUAGGGGACUUACUCGCUUAUAUGAACUGAUAUAUCACUAUGUUAGUUAU